AUGGCAUCAUAUAUAGGGGUCCAGCAAAUUGGGAAGCUUUCUAAUGGAGCUUCAUCAAGACCCAUCAGUCCAACAUUACAGGAAGAAACAAUAGUGGGUUUCAAUGAUGAAGCAACGACAAUAAUGGAGCUGUUUACUGAAGAACAUGAAAAGCAAUUAAAAGUUGUGUCAAUUGUUGGAAUGCCUGGACUCGAAAAGGGAUUUGUUGCUUUCCAAUUUAGAUAUGAUAUUUGCCAGAUCAGCGAUGAGAAGUUAGGUGAAGACUUGCACAAACGCUUGAAAGGGAGGAGAUAUCUUCUUGUUGUGGAUGAUAUAUGGAAUGUGCACGCCUGGGAUGAUUUGAAAAGAUAUUUUCUAAAUGACAGAAACGGAAGUAGAAAUAUAUUCACUAGUCAGCAUGAAGAUGAAAAUGAAAGUUGGGAUCUAUUACGACUAAAGACAUUUCAGGAAGAUAGUUGCCCUCAAGAGUUGAUGGAAACUGGAAAGCAAAUUGCCAGAAAAUGUCAAGGACUUCCCCUUGCAAUUAUUGUAAUAUCUGGGCUUCUUGCCAAAAAAGACAAGACACUUGAAUGGUGGAAGCAUGUUGCUGAAAGUCAUUCCCAGAAGACUGAAAUUCCUGUGCGACAAUUGAUAUGGUUGUGGAACACUGAGGGAUUCAUAUGGAAAAAUGACGAGAAAAGCUUGGAGGAAGUGGCAGAAGAUUACUUGAUGGAUCCGAUUGAUAGAAGUCUUGUAACUGUUUCCAAGAAAAGAUUUAAUGGUGCAAUCAAAGCAUGUCGUUUCCAUGAUCUCUUACAUCACUUGUGCUUGAGAAAAGGUCAGGAAGAGAACUUCCUUCAUGCGAUUUCCAAAGAAGCUUACGUAAAGAGUUUAUUAGUGGAGGUUAUUCUAAAGUUAGUUCUUCUGAGGUAUUUAGCGCUUCACAUUAGACAAGAUGCAUAUUUCCCUCCAUCAAUAUCCAACCACUUGAACCUAAAAAUCCUUAUUGUUGAAGGACUAAAAGGUUUGUUAGUUUUAUCACAUAAUGUAUGGAAGUUGGAAAAGUUGAGGCAUCUCUACACUAUGAUCCAGAGAGUACCCGAUGAUGGCUUCUGCUUUGUUUUGGAUGACCUACAAACCUUGGGCAAACUGCAUCUUUAUAGUGGAGACGAAGAAGCCUUGAAAUGGAUGCCCAACCUUAACAAACUAAAAUGUUGUAUAAGGAAAGGAUUGAAUGGGGAUGAUCAUUUUACAAAAUUGGACUUUCUGAUUCACCUUGAAACCUUGAAUGUGAGUGCAAAAGGUUUCAACUCCAGAUAA